UGAGGCAGGCACAGUGCAGGCUUGGUUCCCUCGCCGACGAUACUCUCAGUGUCCCCAUCGCCUCUUCCACCAUGCAGACCACUUUUGUCCUCCUCGUCCUGGCUGUGGCCGUCGCCGUGCCAUCCCUCGCCGCGCCCUUCAGCCGAACCUCGUACGACGAAGACUUCCCCACCCUCAGCAACUUCGAGUCCCUCAAAAACCACUUCAACAUCGACGGGAAGGGAGUGUACAAUUUCGUGUACCACGUGGGUGACAGCGAACGUGAGGAGGAGAGGAACGAGGACGGGGAGGUGAGCGGCCACUUCGCUUUCUUGGCUCCUGAGGGGAAUGAGUAUCAGUUCAAAUAUGACGCCGACGAGGACGGAUACCGCGUGGAGAGUGAUGCCCUUCCUGCCGUGCCCGAGGACACCGAGGACGUGAAGAAGGCCAAGGAGGAGUUCUUUGAUGCCUACCAGCGGGCACUCGAGAGGGCCGAAGAGGACGAUUACUCCUACGAAUACUCCGCUGAGUCCAGCGAGUACAGUGAAGAGUCUAGCGAGGAAUCCAGCGAAGAGUCCAGCGAGGAAGACUCCGAUGAAGAAUCUGACGAGGAUGAAGAAGAGGAAGAGGAGGAAGAAGAGGAAGAAAACUUUGGAUCUAAUUACUUCCAGGGUCUUUCCCACUUCGGUUACCGUUCCUAACUCCUGACGCAAGGAGACAAAGUAAUGCCUUUCGACCGUCACUUACCGGACACACGCUCCAUCUUUCAUGACGAAGCCCAUCAGCGAAGGACUUCGAACUGACUCCAGUGGGGCGUCCUUCAGUAGCUCUGAAUAUAAAUUCAUACUGUGGCGUUUCAAGGUGACAUAGCUGAUAGUUUGGUCCUCAAAUACUUACCUCCUUAAAUUUGCCAUAGUAUCUCCUCGUGUCCUUGUUCUAGUCCUUCCGUUUUCUUAGUUUAGCUCGAAAGUAAUAGAAGAACAGGAGCUCAUAAAUGCGAAGGAUCCCGCAGUCCACAUCAGAUUUAUAUUCUUCGUCUUCAUCUAGUUACGUACAAAUUUGAAGUCAACGCUCAAGAAUAUUUAUUUUUUAUAUUUAUUAGUGCUCUGCGUUUGCAUGUGUGAAGGAAAAAAGUAUCCUCAUGUCUGUGUUUUUUCUAUAUUAAUAUCUCAUGUAAAAGAAUAUUUAAGUGAGUGUCUUGAGUGUGUGUGUGUGUGUGUGUGUGUGUGUGUGUGUGUGUGUCACUUUUUUUCAAUAAAGGAAAAUGCUA